ACCGACUAAGUCGAGCUUUUUUUUGUGGUACAAAAAGGGAGCUAGGGUCUCACGCCCACACCAUUUGGAUUGCCAUUGACGAUUUUUUCGAUCAAAUCAAAAACAACUCCCAGUGCAAUCUUUUGCUAAACCCAGUAACAGAGUCAGUAGCCAACUAGCCAUGCCGAAGAAUAAGGGAAAGGGAGGAAAGAACAGAAAGAGGGGUAAGAAUGAAGCAGACGAUGAAAAGCGUGAGCUUGUGUUCAAGGAAGAUGGGCAGGAGUAUGCCCAAGUGCUUCGCAUGUUGGGAAAUGGCCGGUGUGAAGCGAUGUGCAUUGAUGGCUCCAAGCGCCUUUGCCAUAUCAGAGGGAAGAUGCACAAGAAGGUCUGGAUUGCGGCCGGUGAUAUCAUACUCGUCGGUCUUCGUGACUAUCAGGAUGACAAGGCUGAUGUGAUCCUCAAGUAUAUGCCAGAUGAAGCUAGGCUCCUCAAGGCAUAUGGAGAGCUUCCUGAGAACACUCGUCUCAAUGAAGGCAUCAUAGAUGACGAGGAGGAAGGUGGAGGUGAUGAUUAUAUUGAGUUUGAGGAUGAAGAUAUUGAUAAGAUAUAGGGUUUGGAAUUGUGUGUAGAUUUUAUCUUUAAUUUUGAAGAGUAAUGGUUAAGCGAUACUUAUUAGUCGAAAUUUCCAAUCGCACUUUAAUGAAUUUGGAUUUUCAGGUGGGGACUUGGUUGUAUUCCAUGUAACACCUUCUCUUACUAGUUAGUGUCUGUUAUGUUUGCCCUUUGUUCUUUCUAUGGAUGUUGGUUGUCCUGACCCCCCACCCACCAAACCGUUGAUGAUGCUUGUAUAACGUAAACUCGCUCUUGGUUAUUUCCUCAAUGGAGUAUGAUCUUUGAAGUUUCUUUA